AUGAAGCUUCUAUUCCCAGAGGAGCUUAUUGAUGAGAAUCUAGAAGGAUUCAAGGAGAAAGUGACAAGAACUCUAAAGCUUUUUCCUAAGGCAGUAGUGCCAAGGGACAUUCAUGGAGAGAUUGUCUAUCCAGCUGUGAAUCACCCACCAGAUACUCAUUGCAAGGAGAAAAGACUUGGAGGAUCAAGAUGCCUCUUGUCUCUAUCUUCUCCUGAGCGCCAAGCCUACAGUCAAGCUAAAGACUUAAAACAAGCGCUGCAUGGGAGGCAACCCAUGAGGAUAGAAGGAGAAAAAGGUGUGAAAACACAAUCCGCGCCAAAACAUUGGCCGCGGACGCGCAAAAGUGAAUUUUGGCCGAGCAAUUCCAUCUGGCCGACCGUUACGGUCGAGCCGGGAAGGAAUAAGCCGUGCUCGGCCGGAUUCACUCUUGCGCGACAAAACCGUUCGCGCACACGCACGAACCGGGAAAGAAGCCGCGAUCGGCCGAAAUUUUGUAUCGGAACGGACCGACCGUGCCGGUCGAUCCGGGAAACAUACGCUCGGCCUCGGCCGAAUUCUCUCGGCCAAAACGAAUUUGGCCGACCAAAUCGCUCGACCGCGACAAAAUCCAUCGGCCAUCGGCCCAAAACUUUUCUAGGCCAAG